AGGCCGGAGACAUCGACACAUAUACUCUGCACGCACGCCAGCCCAGCCCCAGGCUUAUUCACGGCCUCUCUCUCCCCGUAUUCUCGCCGCAACCCCACACCCGUUCCCGCCCACGACGCCUGCACCCCGCCGCUCAGGUAGGCGGAGCUCCCCCACGCGGGUCCUUUGGCACCUCUUUGGCCACCGCAGUCGCACUCUCUCGCGCGCCCGCAGCUCGUAAAUACCGCCAUCGCACCACCUGCUGCCUGCUCCUCUCUCCUCGUGCCUCUCCCUCUCGUGCUGCACCCCCGCCCAGUCGCCAACCUCGCACCAUGGCCUCGAACCGCACCAGGCGCAUAGCCAAGGAGAUUGCCGACAUCCACAACGACCAGCACUCCAAGAUUGUCGUGGAGCCGUCAGGGAACGGCGAGGACCUCACACAUUUGCGCGGCCAGUUCCUGGGGCCGCCCGACACGCCAUACGAGGGCGGCACCUUUUUCGUUGACAUUAAGAUCCCCAACGAGUAUCCUUUCCGCCCACCCGUCAUGAAGUUUGAGACUAAGAUCUGGCACCCCAACGUCAGCUCGCAGACGGGCGCCAUUUGUCUAGACACGCUCUCCUCGCAGUGGUCGCCAGUCCUGACCAUCAAGUCGGCCCUCAUCUCGCUCCAGUCUCUCCUCAGCACACCCGAGCCCAAGGAUCCCCAGGACGCAGAAGUCGCCGGCAUGCUGAUCCGGAACCCCGCCGAGUUUGAGCACAAGGCGCGCGAAUGGGCGGUCAAGUACGCCGGUGCACCGCAAAAGGAAAUCGCCGAAGGCAGCGGUGGUGCCACGGCCGCGUCGAUCAAGAAGAAGGCCCAGCAGGCCAAGCAGAACGAAGAAAAGUCGAAGCUCGCCGCAUACAAGGGCUACAACAAGGACCUGGUCGACCGCUUUGUCGCAAUGGGCUUCGAUGUCGAGGCGGUUGUCGACGCAUUCGAGUACGUGGGCAUCGACCGCAUGGGCGGCGAGGAUUAUGAACUGGAAGAGGCUUACAUGGGCGAUAUCACGGCGCGUCUGUUUGGCGAGGCCUAACUCCUGAGGCUUUUCAUCUUUUAUUAUCAUUUUGUGGCUAAACGGGCUUAUAUUUCUUCUAGUCAGCGCCAUGACCAGCGUCUUCCCAGCCUGGCAUGCGUUCAAGGCUCAAAGCUAGAACGGUCGAGGUUUGUAGACUGUCUGGCCUUUGCAGUAGGGUAAGGGUCUCACGGGCGUUAUCAUACCAUGCAACCAUCUCAUCAGUGGCGAAGGCGUCAGAUCACGGAGUGUCACGACGGAACGAUUUCACAGCAGGCACGUAGACAUAUUCCAAUCAAACAUGAUUCAUU